CUACUGACGCACACUCAUCGUGAUGGCUGCCGUGUGGCGAUUUCGCAACUUUGCCCGCUGUGUCGUCCGUUUCUCUGAUCGUGAUCUCUAAAUUAUCCGUAAAAGCACGUAUUUAAACGCUAUAUUAAAAGAGGCCCCACAAAUAAGCUGAUAUGGCUGAAAGCAACCAAAAUACUGAUGGCACUGUUAAAGAAGGGGAAGAUGAAAAUACAGAGGAUUCUAAUCUGCAAAUGGAGCUCAGUGUGUUUAGGGCGAAGUGGAUGUCUGAGCUUCUGCCCAGCUCAGGAGGAAGAAGCCUUUCAAAGACUGCUGACCUGAAGAGGAUACAGGAAAUAGCUAAAGAGGAAAAGGCCCGAGAGCUGUUUUUAAGAGCUGUUGAGGAAGAACAGAAUGGAGCCGUUUACAAAGCCAUCAAGUACUAUAAGAGUGCAAUGCUGCUGGUCCCGGACAUUGAGUUUAAAAUCAACUACAGCAGAACUCCCGAUCCAGACCGUGUUGGUGGGAGCUAUUUGGAGGAGAAUGCAAAUAAUGGUGAGAUUGAUGAUCUACUGACAUACUUCCAGCAGCAGCUCACACUGGAGGACAGCACUAUGAAGCUGUGUGAGCAGGACACAGACACGUCACAUGUGCAUAUCUCAGCAUUGCCCUUUGAGGUGCUCAUGUAUAUCUUCCGUUGGGUGGUGUCAUGUGACCUGGACCUCCGAGCCUUAGAGCAGCUGUCACUGGUGUGCAGGGGGUUCUAUAUCUGUGCCAGGGACCCAGAGAUUUGGCGGUCAGCCUGUUUGAGAGUGUGGGGCCGGAGCUGCACCAAAAUGCUGCCUUUUUCAUCCUGGAGGGAGAUGUUCUUAGAGAGGCCACGUGUACGCUUCGAUGGUGUUUACAUCAGUAAAACAUCAUACAUCCGUCAGGGCGAAGAGUCUCUUGAUGGUUUCUACAGGGCUUGGCACCAGGUGGAGUUCUACAGGUACCUCCGCUUCUUCCCUGACAGUCAGGUGAUGAUGUUGACCACACCUGAGGACCCUUUGGUCACAAUUCCAAGGUUGCGCAACAAGAACUCCAGGAUGGAUUCCGUCUUGUUUGGCCAUUAUCGGCUGUCCCAGGAAACAGACAAUCAAACCAAAAUCUAUGUUGUGGUCUCCAAAAGAAAAGAGGAGAAGGUGGCAGAAUACCAGAGGAGCCGGUUCUGCAGGCGGACCCCGGCACCUGACGUGGAUCACUCCUUCCAUGUAGGACUUCAGUUGUCCUCUGGAGGGCGUCAGCGCUUUAACAAGCUGGUGUGGAUCCACCAUUCCUGCCAUAUCACCUACAGAUCAACUGGAGAGACCAUUGUAACCGCAUUUGAAGUGGACAAAAUGUACACGCCUCUGUUUUUUGCACGAGUGAAGAGCUACACUGCCUUUUCCGAGCGCCCACUGUAGGAUGACCCGAGCGAUGCAUGCAGAACCUGGACCCUCAAGGUUUUCACCUCACUGCCACGUCCGUGUGCUCUCCUUACUGCUUCCAGCUCCGCACUGUUUCUUAUGAAUGUACAAGAGUGCUGUGACAUUUUUAGAAUCCUACAAUCUUAACUGCAGCUACAAGCAUUGCAUUUGGUUUUCAGAAAUAGCAUGUUAAAAACAAAGAUACUAACUGUUCCUUAACUGUUGCACUAACAAUUGUUUUAGUACUUUUGAGGAAAUUCUUUUACUGAUUUACUGCCCUCAGCAGUCUGUUUCCAAACAGUGAGAUCAUUUUAUAUUUUCACAGAACAGAUUCUUACAAAAGGUGUUUUUACAUGGACCUGUUAAUUAAGAUCAUUCAUUCGUUAAUUUAAAUUUAAAACACCAAAACUUAAAAUGUGUAUCUUAAAUGACUCUGAUUUAUGUCUCACAAGUCUAAACAUAACACAAAAAUUUAUUGGUUAAUUUCAAGUCAAACUAAAUAAAUAACGAAACGAAUGACUUGCGGUUUCAGUAAGUUUUUGAUUCACUAGCUGAUAAGAGUCAUUUAUUUGGGGGUUAGCAUGGGAUGUUUUGCAGUGUAGAUACAAAAGAACUGAUUAAUAAAAGUUUGUUUUCCCAGAAAGUAGUGCUGUAUAUUUUGCGGUGUAGAUUUAAAAGAGCUGACUCAAAAAGAGUCAUUUGUUUGGGAAUCGGGCUGUAUGGUUCAUGCUGUAGAUUCAAAAGAACCGGCUCAUUUGAUUCACUUGUUCGGGAAUUGGGCUACACUGGUUGUGUUGUAUGUUUCACGCUUCUCAUUUACUAGUGGUGUUACAGUGACGCUGGAAACACUGUCAAUGUUUUUUAGUAUGGUGUCCCAUCCGCAUCGCACAAACAAUGCACAUUUGAGAACCGUUAAUGGAACCAAAAGUCACAAAAAUUAUUGUUUCUGGCAUUGGAAAAAUAAAAAUGGAAGAAUCAGUUCCCAAGUCAAAUGUUGCCUGAUACAUUGUCAUCAAAAUUGUCCCUAUUUGCAUUCUUAAUAAACAUUCCUAGUUUGAUUGUGCACAAUUCAUAACUGCACCUUAUUCCAAAGAGGGGGGAAAUGUUUUUUCAUAAUCUUUUAAUAAAAAUGUAAAACGUUCGCUGUCUGUGAAAUGGCUUUACUUUUCAGCUGAUGUCACCAAGCCCUUUUUCCAGUUCUGGGUGCAUUCUGGUAUGUAACUCACUCUUUUCAGUAUCCAAACAAUUCUCAAAGGAUACCUUAUUUCUUCUCAUUGAAUAUCCUGUUUCCCCCUGAAAUAUGCCAGAUUAGGAAACAUUGCAAAUUGAAAACAUUUCAUGUUGACUUAAAAGUGCAGAAGCUGUAGUACGUGGACAGAAUUCAGUUCUGCAUGAUGCACAAUGAAAUCAGGUCCAGCAUUUGAAGAGGACAGAUAUUAUCCAACUGUAACAUGCUCAGAGAUUUGGGAUUUUUUUUAUCUGUCACAUAAAAUUUAAAAAGGGAUUAUGAAGUAAAAUAAUAUUAUUUCUUAUGUGACACUGACAAAAAGGAUUCAGGGUUCUCAGGGUCACGGGAAAGCAAAUAUCAUGGAUUAGAUUUCAAGACCUGGAAAAUUCAUGGAAAUCUAAAACUAAAUAUCAUGGAAAUGUCAUGAAAAUCACAUUUCUACAGUGAAUAUAAAUGUAAAUAAUCAGAAGUAUUUUAUUGGGCUAGAAAUUGCUCUCAUCAUUCAGUAAUCGUGAAUGACUGGAAUAUUCAUGGAAAUUCAUUGGCCAUUGGCAGUGCCCUCCUCUUUGGCACCCUCUCAGCAGGUGGGCCCUAUGUGAUGCUUAGGAACGGCCCUGAUUACCCUUACCUUUCUGAUUCUACCUGAGUACUGAAUAUAUCACGACAUGAACAGGUGACUGCGAAACCUGCCCUCCACCACAAAGUGUGCAUCGCCAUCUAGUGGCUAAGGCGAAAGGUGCAGGCAAUUAUAUGGCUCCUUCCAGGGCUGGAGCUAGUGGGGUGAAAUGUAAUGAUUCUAGUGGUCCAGGGGGCCCCACAACAAAUUCUAAACUGUAUUUUUUUAAUAGGAAAGGGGCCCAGAUUAACUUGCCACAGCCCUGACUCCUACAGUUAGUUCAUUUGAACUCAUGUUAACAAAUGGAUCCUUAAUGUAAAGUGUUACUGAAAAACCUUUUAAUAUGCUAAAUUUCUUCAUAUGGUAAGUUAUGAAUACCUGAAAUCAAAAAGACAAGUAAACAAACACUGAUGCCGAAUGCAUUUAUUACAAAUGAAAUUCUCUUUGCUUAUUAAUGUAGAAAUGUUGGGUAGUAACAGAUACAAUUAUGUAAUCAGAUAAAUAUAUAUAUAUAUAUAUAUAUAUAUAUAUAUAUAUAUA